AUGGCAAACCAUUGGAGCGUCUCUCUUCUUCCUUCGUCUGGCGUCUUCCAACUUUCUCUAUCCGAGUCUCGCGGAGUCCCAAGAAAAACAAAAAUGAAUUUACAACAGUUUAUGGGAAGAUACGUUAUAGUAGAAAUUAACGAUGACAGGUCCUUAAAUGGUGAAUUGAGAGCAAUUGAUAACAAAGGUAACCUUCUAUUAUCCCCCGUAUCAGAAAGACUCAAAUCAACUAGUUGUGUAAGACAAUUAUAUCAUCUAUCCGUACCUUCAGAUUGCAUCAAAUCUAUUAAAAUAUUAAAAUGA